GCCUCGUCCGUCUCCUGAAAACGCUGCUAGCAACCUUGGGUCCCUGCUGCCUCAACGUCUUCGGUCGGCAAGGGGUCGGCAACAGUCCUUUCUCUUUAGACGGCUGCUUUGGCUGCUCUCGAUUUGUAUCACCACGUUCCAUGUGCUGAUUGUCAUCGCCCACUCUGCGGAUCGCCUCUUCAUUGGGCUUCGUCACACUCAUUUGUACCCCGAGAAGCGCGUUGUUGAAGAUGUUCGUCCGAUCCGCUGUUUCCCGACACAACCUACCUCUACGGCGUCUCCUCUUGUCGUCGUCUGCCCAGACUCUGUCGACAUGUCGCUCCCCCGGCUACCUACGGCCCUCAGCCGAUGCGACGCGUCUUAUCAAUACCCGGCAAGAACUGCGGCCGCCCAGGAGGAGAGUCUUCGACGCUCUGUCGGGCCUCGAGCGCAGUCUGGCCACGGCCGCCGGCGCCGAGUACCGCCCAGCCGAGGAUAUAUCCUUCGACCAACUGUCGGGUGCAAUUCCACCUGCAUAUCUAUCUCCGCAAUCGUACCCGGCCCCAGAGCUGCGCGGGUGGGAUGCCUCGUCGCCCCUGGUCGUUGAAGUCCCGCCAAUACCCUACGAGAAGCAGAGGAUCAACGUGCAUGGCGUCCCUGGCGAUCCUGAAGAGAUGCUCUCUGUAUUUGACGCCUGUCUGCGGGUUGGCAGGCUCGAGCGUGCUGGUAUGGUCCUGAAACGUUUUGCGCAAAUGGAGGCUUUGCAUCCCGAUCAUUUGGUGGAGUUGCACAACCGCUUCUUGAGAAGCCGCAUUGAGCACAUAUAUGCUGAGCCCAGCCAGGACAAGGCCGAAGACGUCCACAAGUGGUUCGAGGUUCAAAUACGGGCCGGGGACCUGCCACAUACUCCCACAACCGUCGCGUACAUGUUGAGAGUGUCACUCCUUACGACACGCGGUAACAGGCUGAACAGGCUCCUCACACGCUACAUGGACUUACUCCCGCAGGAGAAUGCCAUGGAAUUGCUCCUUGACGACGAGGUGCUGACCGACGACGAGCUGGCAAGUAUCUCGAGGAUUUGCCCCGAACACGACCUUCCCGAUACCGCCAUUGCAUCGCCAGAAGAAGAUAUAGAAGACAGCACCAGUACGCCUGUGCGCCAGAGUCCCAGCUCGACAGAACCGCCGGAAGUGAAAGCCGUGUUCCAGAAGGGACUGGGGCUGAAGUCGCUCCGAGCUACGCUUACCCUGUUUUCGGAAAUUCCAAUCGGCACAGACAUUGCGUCAUUACCCGCCGCAGGCCGCCGAGAGAUCCAGUCUCGGUUGGAAAAAGACUGCGUGGAUGCAGCUGUGAUUCGAUGGAGGGAAGAGAACGCAGCGCUCUUGAGCAUGGGUCGUAAUACGGUGCUCUCCAAUGCCUCCCUCAGCGCGAGGCUAUACGUGUGGCAGCAAGCACUCGAAGCCCGUAUAGUCGAGGAGAUGACCAAGAUUGAUGUUGCGGUAAAACAGGAAAAGAAGAACACGGAUGAUGUGGAGAGGUGCUUAUACGGCCCCAUCCUCCAACAGUCCACCCCUACUCGACUUGCGGCUGUCACCAUCAUCAGUACCCUCAGCUCCCUCGCCAUGUUUGGGGCUGAAAAGGGCGUUCCCCUCGCCACCCUCGUCACCAAUGUUGCCAGGGUUGUCGAGGAGGACAUCAAUUCUCAAAGAGCAGAAGAGGCCAACGCAGUGAAGAGGUUCAAAGUGCUCAAGAGGGAUGCCGGGGCGAUAAUUCGAUAUGGGAAAAGCCUUGCUCCUCGUUCAUCCGAAACGCCCACAGACGCCCUCCCAGAGGAGUUCUCCUGGCCUAUAAGUAUCAGAACAAAGGUCGGCGCUAUAUUGGUCUCGGCCCUUAUUGACAGCGCCAAAAUCCUCGUGAGGAAAGAGAAUCUUCAAGCGGAUCGCCUGUUGACGCAAUCUCAGCCAGCCUUCAUGCACACCAACCAAAUCCGAAGGGGCAAAAAGCUUGGCAUCGUUGCGCCCAACCGAGCACUCGUUGAGCUUAUGAUGCAAGAACCACGCGGAGACUUCCUCGCCCGCCAGCUGCCUAUGGUGUGCGAGCCUGAACCGUGGUCCAAAUUUGCGAAGGGCGGCUAUCUAGAGUUCCCCAUCCCCGUCGUCCGCGUCAAGUUUGGAGAAAGAGACCAGAAAGUAUACGCCCAGGCAGCCAUUGCUCGGGGAGACAUGAGCCAGGUGCUCAAAGGCCUCGAUGUCCUCGGGAGAACUGCGUGGAAGAUCAACCGUCCUGUCCUUGACGUCAUGCUGGAAGUGUGGAACUCGGGAAAAGGUUUGGCAGACAUUCCCCCCCUCUACCCGAAUAUCCCAAUCCCACCGGAGCCGGACUCUGGAGGUGAUCCAACGGCAAGGAACGCGUGGAUGAAAGCCGUCCGGUUCGCAGAAAAUCAGAAGUCCGGAUUGCACUCAGAGCGGUGCUUCAUGAACCUCCAACUCGAGAUUGCGAGAGCCUUCCGCGACCAAACCUUUUACUUCCCUCACAACAUCGACUUCCGUGGACGUGCCUAUCCGGUUCCGCCAUAUCUAAACCACAUGGGCGCAGAUCACGUUCGUGGCCUGUUACGCUUUGCCAAGGCCAAAUCCCUGGGCGAAGACGGCUUGCGCUGGCUCAAAAUUCACCUUGCCAACGUCUUUGGCUUCGACAAAUUCAGCCUGGUAGAACGUGAGAAGUUCGCGCAGGACAACCUUGAAAGUAUCCUUGACUCUGCCCGCAAUCCACUCGACGGAAAGCGAUGGUGGCUGGAGGCCGAAGACCCGUGGCAAUGUCUGGCAGCAUGCAUUGAGUUUGCUGAGGCUCUCAAGUUGCCCGACCCCACCAAGUUCGAGUCUGUCUUGCCUGUUCACCAAGACGGCACGUGCAAUGGGCUCCAGCACUAUGCGGCUCUUGGCGGCGACGUCUGGGGUGCCCAGCAGGUCAAUCUCGUGCCUGGCGAGAAGCCUGCGGAUGUCUACUCGGCAGUCGCUGACCUGGUGAGAGAAAGCAUCGCUCAAGACCUGAAGGGCGGGCACCCUUUUGCCCCGGUCCUUCACGACAAGAUCACCAGAAAGGUGGUCAAGCAAACCGUCAUGACAAACGUCUAUGGCGUCACAAUAAUGGGGGCAAAGAAGCAGGUUUUACGGCAGCUCGACUCGCUCCAUCCGCGCCUGGCAGAAGAGAGCGGCCACCAAACGGUACAUCUUGCGGCUUAUAUCGCCGCCAAGAUAUUUAAAGCGCUGUCGACCAUGUUUGGUGGCGCCCACGAAAUUCAGCAUUGGCUUGGCGAGACUGGCAGUCGCGUUUGCCGUGCCGUCAUGCCAGAGCAGUUGGCGAAAUUGAUUGCUGCUGAGGACUUGGCAUCGCAAAACGCAGUUCUUCCCAAGGGAAGGCGAGGUCGUCCCAAGUCGGCAAAGAAGGAAUCCGCGACCGAGAUACUUCAGCAAUUUCAGUCCACCCUUAUUUGGACAACUCCGUUGCGAAUGCCAGUCAUCCAGCCCUAUCGGACGACCUCGGUUCGAAAGAUCAAGACCUGUCUACAAGAUUUGGCUGUUUCGGCGCCGAAUUCUUCCGACCCCGUGAAUCGACGAAAGCAGCUGCAGGGAUUCCCGCCAAAUUUCAUCCACUCCCUUGACGCCAGCCACAUGCUCCUCUCUGCUAUCGAAUGUGAUAAGCUAGGCCACACCUUUGCCGCGGUUCACGACUCAUUUUGGACUCACGCGUCGGAUGUUGACUCCAUGAACACCGUCAUCCGUGAUACCUUUAUCAGAAUCCACUCGGACGACAUCAUUGGCCGUUUGAGAGCUGAAUUCAGGGCCAGGUAUAAGGGGUCGGUCUACCUAGCAAAGAUCAAGAGGAGCUCAGCGUCAGGGAAGGCGAUUGUGGAGCAUCGCAACGCGCACAAAUUAUCUUUGAGAGAGGAGUUGAUAAUGGAAGGGCGGCGCCAGAUGCUUCUUGCAUCUUCUAAUCCCGACGAGGUCGAAUUAGGGAAGAAUAUGGUUACUCCAGCCACCGUCUACCAUGAGCUGUCUACGGAAGACGACUUGAUAGAAGAGGGAGAGCCCCAGAGCCUCGACGCCUCCUCCAAGUUGGACGAGGACGUGGAAGAUGACUUGGACAAAGCCUCGGACGGUGAGAUCUCUGAAGAAUCUAUCGACGCAGAUACUGAAGGGUUCACGCCGCCCAAGUCACGGGAAUACGACUCCUGGGAGUUUUUCAAGCCCACUAAGUCGACCUUCUUCGCCAGGACCUUUGACGCCAAAGCGGCCAUCAAACAUAACAACGACAUCGAGGUCUGGCUUCCUUUGACCUUCCCAGACCCCCCCAAAAAGGGCAAUUUUGAUGUCCGAAAUCUCAAGAAGAGCAAGUAUUUUUUUUCUUAGAUUUGGCGGAAUAGGUUCGAGGAGUUAAAAGUUUGCAUUUGAAAAGCGCGCGCCAUGGGUGUUGCGUUUUGGGUGGCACGGCGUUCAUGUCUGUGGGAUUAUGUGUACAAAAUCUACAGUCCUCAUCAGGCGAUCAUGUGUCAUUAUAGCUAUUUAUGCAGCUUUCUUAGUGUAUAUUGAGGGAAGACGGGCCGGAUCACCCACCAUACUACAUAUAGAUAUAUAUGUGUGUAUAUUACAUAAAAGAACAAUUGCAUACGAAGACCGAAUUAACAUGAAGAGUCUGGUC